AUGCAUCAAAACCGAGGCCCCUCGUCGGUGCCGGCGCCUAGGUUCCCCUCCAAUCCAAACAUCCCAAGCACUCUGGGCACGGUUCGCAAUGACCCCAGAGACUCAGACUCGGCGCCACCUUCCCCCACCGUUGACUUAAGAACAUACCAGACUCGUGGAUUAGGCAUCGGUCCUGGGACAAGUCAUUCUGGACAAACAAGAGGGCUCGCUCCUCCACGUGAAGCUAUGGUCAAGCUGAGCCAGAUUGUAUCGAGCUACUUCGCAAAAUCAGCUUUGAUAAUUAUUAGUUCUCGUGUAGAUCUUCCCCUCUCCUACAGAGGGGAUGAUCCGGAACCGAGAAUCAACCGCUGGUUCAAUGUCGAGAUAGAUGAUACCGAUGUCCUGCGAGAUCCGUUGACGAUAUGGCGAACUUGCGAUCUCAUGACCGAUCGACCACCGCCCCUCAUCAUCGAAACAUACAUAACUACCGAAGCUCUUGCGGAUAAUCAAUGUCUCGCCAUUCUGGACGAUUUUGGAAAGCGAUGGGAUGUUCGUGAAUCCCUUGCGAACUUGAAAGGCAAGGGUUCCAAGCAAAGCCAGCCAAAAUCAGACGAGAUCAUCCUGGAACGAUGGAAAAUGGAGUUGACGCCUUCGUCAGGCAGUCCUUCUGCUGACAUGGGAUCCAACCUGCCGAAUGUAUACAAGAAGAGCAUCGUGAUAUUCCGAUCCUUGUUCACUUAUUCCAAGUUCUUGCCCGCAUAUAGGUUCUCAAAGCGCAACGCAAAGAUGCAAACCAGUCCCGCUUUGCAGAUUCAAUAUCGGAUUGUGGAAAGAUCUCGACAAGAACCAGAGUUUGACAGCUUAACAGUUCCGUUGUAUAAUGGGCAGGAUGAUGUGGUCGAUAAAUACAACUUUGGAGUGGCAGACUGCCCUGUCGGUCGUUUCUCCGCUGAGGUCUUGUAUCGGACGAAUUGUGAUUUCCGAGUCGAGGAUUCAGAGGCGCUCUUGAGUUCCCGCUUCAUGGGGGAUACUGAGGAUCUCUUUCGGCCCUCCUUGCCUAGAGAGCUUAUGCCUAAUGUCGGUGCCAACCCUGAAGUUGGAUCGGUUCCUGUUGGGAGAAGAGCGGUAGAGGAUCCAGAUAUUUCGCGUGCGUAUGGGAGCAUGUCAACAUACCACCACGGAGGUCCAGGAACUGGCACAAGUCCAAUUUCAGCGUUGCGUGCUGUAAGAGAUAUUGGUCCAAAUUCCCCCUCGCCCACGGAUUCAUCGUUUAAUAAGAAGCUGCUGCCUCCUGCAAAUAUCGGGGCUGUAGGAGGUCGGACUGCUCAACUUGCAAGUGAGGGUGCAAGUGCAAGAUCUGCUCGUCGCCCAUCCAUUUCAUUCCAACCUUUUAAAGCACCUCCCCUCUCUGCCUCUCCCGCUUUGGCCGACACACCUCUGGGCGUUUCUCCCCGAACCGCUUCUGCACCACGAGGAGGCUCUACAGGAACAUCUGUGAACUCCCGGUUCAUGCCCCCUCCUUCUACUGCUGCCUCAGCACGUCGACCCUCCUCUAUUGUUGCAGAGCAAGCCAUUUCCUCCUCCAAUUCCGCCUCUCCAAAGCCGGCUCCAAUCUCCCGAUUUAGUAGUUCCUUCAGCCACCGUCGUGGCCGUCCAUCUUCCGGUGGAGUGCCAAAGAUCGACGAUGACAAUUCCAGCGGCAAGGCGAGUGCUGCGUCAUCUAAUGUCCAGCCUGGUUCUGGCUCACUGGUAGACGCCACUGGGACAAGUGCAGAAUCCAUUCACGCGGAAGACGAAAACAUUCGUGAGUUCCUGAAACUUCUCGACUCCCAGAAAGAUCUGUUCGAUCGACCUGGCUCUUCCACCCACGGGGCCAGCUCCCAGGGACCUCGCAUAAUUAAUCUCGGACCUUAUCAACGUAUGCGUGCAUCAUUUGCUACAUUGGCAGAUUCGAUGAUGGCAUCCACUCACUUGCAACGUUCAUCGCCAUCCUCGAGCAAACAGCUUUCCGGGGUACCUCCCAUGGUUGCUGGUACUUCGAUAUCCUCGGCCUCUUCUCCUGGCAAACCCAUCUCUCCCCAUACCCCACAUACACCUGCUAUCAGAUCACGCCUGAGCUCGAACAGUGUGGCAGAUGAUAUUCAAGGUGAAUUGGGUCACCGACUUCCUCGAAUUGAGCCAGAAUCUCCUUUAGAAGAGAAUCCCAGCAGGGAGACAACGCAACGUGACCCAGCUACUGCAGCUGCGAUCGAUAUCCCGACCUCCCCACAACCCUUCGCACCAGCCUAUCGUCGCUCUAGUUCCGCCGCCCAGCGCGGACGAACUACCGUCCCUGAUGAUGACGAGAUUUUCACGUAUGGCAUUCGAAGCGUCAGUCUUGGGGGAGCCUAUCGGCGCGAGAGUGAUGGUGGCGACGUAGACGCCGCUCAACCUGGAGCCGGUCCAGCUUUAUGGGCAGAGGACCCCAGUGCCAGAACUGCACGUGGAGGCCCAGCUACAUCUACACGAAGUCGAGAGGCUACAGUCCUGCGAGAGCAGACUGUCUCGGUACCAGCUGCGGCAUCCACAUCAUCCAAUGUGCCGCAUCUGUACCAGCCCCGUUUCUCUGCACCUGGUCGAGGAUCCUGCGAUGGUCCUCAAUCCCUCAGCUCUGCAUCGAGCAGCCUUGCCCGCGGAGCUACCAUCCCGCCUCAUCUCACUGAACGAGAUGCAGAGCGGGAUGGAAAUGCCAGCGGUAGCAAUAGCGGGAUCUCGAUGGAGAUGCGGCUUGCUUCCCGUCGACCUAGCCGCCACCCUCCUCCAUCCCAGUAUGAGGAUGAUGAGCCCCUGCUCUUUGCAAUGAGCGAUUUCGGGGGCCCUCGCCGCAGCGUGGAGGAAAAUCGUCUGAGCAAUCACGGCGGUGGCUCCACUGGUAGCGCUCGACGAGCCAGGUGGUAG